AUGGUGCGCAAGCUCACCAACGCAGUGCAGCCCAUAUCAAGGGCGUGCCACUGGCUUGUAGCCACUCGCGUCCGUCGUCGGUGGUUUCUCCGGAUUGCCUUGAUUGUGUGUCUAUUCCCUCUCUUCCUGCAAUGGUUUCUGGCCUACAUGGUAGGGGGCGACGCUCGUUUGCUGCCUCCCGAGCUCUCCAAGGCGAAGAACCUGCUCAUCGUCACGGCCCACCCUGACGAUGAGUGUUUAUUCUUCUCGCCAAGCAUAUUGGGCGUUUUGGACAGGAACAAGAGCAUCAAAGGCGGCUUGGUCGUCAUGUCUACAGGCAAUAACUAUGGGCUUGGCGAGACCAGAAAGACGGAACUUUUGGGUUCUUGCGGGGCACUUGGCAUCGACAAAUCUCGGUGCGUUGCUCUAGAUCACCCUGAUUUGCAGGAUAAUCCCAAGGUCUGGUGGGAAGAGGCCAAGAUCAAGCCCAUACUGAAGGAGUACAUUGAGAAGUGGGACAUUGAUGCCAUCAUCACUUUUGAUGAAGGUGGUGUGUCGGGCCACAUUAACCACCGAGCCGUCAGCUCUGCGGUGAAUCAAUACGUGGCGGAGAAUGAAAAGGCACCGGCAUCGUACAUGGUUGUCUCGGUGGCGCUUCCCCGGAAGUACACCUUCCUGUUGGAUCUGCCGCUGACUGCACUCUCGUUCCUGUGGAGGAUUCUCGCCGCCGUCUUCUUCCCGUCGAGCUCAGCGGAGCCCAAGUACAGCGCGCGCGCGUUGAUAACAAACACGUGGCAUCGUUACAGGAUGACCAGGCGAGCUUUUGCGAGUCACGGCAGCCAGUAUACGUGGGAUAGACACUUGUACAUGAUUAUCAGUCGCUAUGUCUGGUUCAAUGAUCUGAGGAGGAUAGUCGGGACGGGAACCGCGGCUUGA